ACGGGGCCGCGCGAGCCAGGAGAGCCCCAGCCACCGGCCUGCGAAGCCUUGCUUGGCGCCCGCGGCUUCUCUCUUGUCAGGGGCAGGACCGCGUCACGGCUUUCCUUAGCGUCCGGAGGUCUCCUGGGGACGGCCCGGGCCACCUUGGGCCAGAAGAGCCCGGCGCUGGCCUGGGAUAACGCCGGCCGCCACCAGCCACCCGCAGCGGCCUGCGCGCGCCGCCGUGCCCCGAGCCUCGAACCGGGGCGCCGGGCGGGGCCUGCACAUAUCCGGCCCCACCCACUCGGGGCCUCGCCUCCCCCCGGGCCAGUCCCCGGGUGUCUGCCACACCCCCUCCCGGCCCGGCUGUCCGCCCCCGCCCUCCUGUCCUCUGUCCCCUUGAUUUUCUCCCAGUCCUCUAGCGUCACUGUUUCCGACAUUGCACUAAAAGAUGCACCCUGGAAAACCACAACGCGGGGACACGUCUUGCUGGGAGAAGACGGAGAGUUUUUGGACCUUAGGGUACACGUUCACCUUUUCAAGGGCCUAGGAUAGGUUUGAUUAAUCAGCUUGGGGUCCCCUUUUCCUGCUGACACUACGGUUUUCACCUGCCUGCCUUCCCACACUUCCAAAACCAUUAGCAGGGAGCUCUCGGAGGUUUGGUUUCUUUGAGGCUCCUUUGAGCGAGACGUGAGGUUGAGUCCCCCGGGUUGGAGCAUGGCUGCAUCCCUGGCCCCACAGAUCGACGCGCCCCUGGAGGUCGAGGGAUGCCUAAUAAUGAAGGUGGAAAGGGAUCCCGAGUGGGCAUUGGAGCCCAUUCUGGAAGGAUCGGAUAGCUCUGAGUCCGAGACCUUCCGCAAAUGCUUCAGGCAAUUCUGUUAUGAGGAUGUGACCGGACCCCAUGAAGCUUUCAGUAAACUCUGGGAACUUUGCUGCCGGUGGCUGAAGCCAGAAAUGCGUUCCAAGGAACAGAUCCUGGAGCUGCUGGUGAUUGAGCAGUUUCUCACCAUUUUACCCGAGAAGAUUCAGGCUUGGGCACAGAAGCAGUGUCCGGAAAGUGGAGAGGAGGCCGUGGCCCUGGUAAUACAUUUGGAGAAAGAGACUGGAAGACUACGGCAGCAGGUUAGCAGUCCUGUUCACUCAGAGAAGCAGGCCCCACCUGGAGCAGCAUGGGAGGUGGCAGACUUUCAGCCAGAGCAGGUGGAGACCCAACCCAGAGGGAUGUCUCAGGAGGAAGCUGAAAGCCUCCACUCAGGAACCCAGGAGCAGCUGAACCAAAAGAGAGAGCUUCGGCCCUUACCCAAGAAUGCUCGGCCUUCUCCCUGGGUUGCUGCUCCUGCUGAUGCGUGGAGUACCAUAGAUCAGGAAGUAACAACCACACGAGUUCCUGUUGGGUCCCAGGGACCAGUGAAAGAUGUCCACAUGGCAAGAGGUUUCUCCUACAAAAAGAGUGUGCAUCAGAUUCCUGCUCACAGAGACCUCUACCGAGAUACUAGAAAGGAGAGUGUUGGGAACAUGGUCUCCCUGGGAAGCACAGUGUCUACAGCUAACAAGAUCGCUCGAUUGGAGCAAAGAAAGGAGCCGUGGACCAUAGGUCUGCAGUCCUCUAAUAAGAGUAAUGUCCUGCAAAGCAACUACAUCAAGGAAAAGUCAGUUCAUGCUAUUCAGAUCCCUGCAAGGAAUGCAGGGAAAACAUGGAGAGAGCAGCAGCAGUGGGGUCUGGAAGAUGAAAAAAUAGCAGGCGUGCAUUGGAGUUAUGAGGAAACUAAGACUUUUCUUGCAAUUCUCAAAGAGUCUCGCUUUUAUGAAACACUUCAGGCUUGCCCCCGGAACAGCCAGGUAUAUGGUGCUGUAGCUGAAUGGUUGCGAGAAUGUGGCUUCCUCCGGACACCAGAACAGUGUCGGACCAAGUUUAAAAGUCUCCAGAAGAGUUAUCGAAAAGUGAGAAAUGGCCAUGUGCUAGAACCCUGUGCCUUCUUUGAGGACAUGGACGCUUUGUUGAACCCUGCGGCUCAUGCUUCGUCCACGGAUAAGCCAAAGGAGAUUCUGUAUCUCCCCAGACUUAAGAGAAUUGAUAUCAGUGCUAAAGAACAGAUCAAUUUGGUGGAGGAGGAGGAAGCUGCAGAAGAAUCUGAUGGUGAUGAAAUGGGCAUUGAGUUUAUCCGGAAGUCUGAGCUUCGUGGUGCCCCUGUCUUAUUUCAGAACCUGAGUGGUGUGCACUGGGGCUAUGAGGAAACCAAGACUUUCCUUAACAUCCUCCGUGAGACUCGGUUUUAUGAAGCACUGCAAGCCUGUCAUCGGAAGAGCAAGCUGUACGGGGCCGUAGCUGAACAGCUGCGAGAGUGUGGCUUCCUCCGGACCCCGGAACAGUGCCGGACCAAGUUCAAAAGCCUUCAGAAGAGUUACCGCAAAGUGAAAAAUGGUCACAUGCUGGAGUCCUGUGCAUUCUACAAGGAGAUGGAUGCCCUGAUUAACUCUCGGACAUCUGCCCCUCCCGCCAGCACCCCCGAAGAAGCCCCGUCACCCUUCAUUCAAGAAAGAGAGGACGUUGAGAUUGAACCCCAGGAACCUACGGGCUGGGAGCCUGAGGAGGACUCACAGGAGGCAAUAGUUGAAGAUUCCGGCAGCGAGGGAAUGAGUGAGGAGGAAAUUGUACAAGAGCCAGAAUUCCAGGGACCUCCAGGUUUACUGCAAAGCCCGAGUGAUUUUGAAAUUGGAAGUAGUAUCAAGGAGGAUGAAACACAGGUAAUAUAUAAGGACAUGGCGCAGCACAGGGCAUUAAUGGAAAAGUCUGCAAGGGUUGUUUCCCAGAAUGCUGAUCCAGGUAAACACCGUAAAAGGGAUUGCAUCUCAGGAAGACAAUGGGAAAACCUUCACGGAAUCAAACAGGGGAAACUGGUAUCUCAGCCUAGAGAUUCAGGGAAAGCUGUCGUGCAUCAGAGGCCUUGCAUGGGGAAGAGGCCCUACCGACUUCUCAAAUACGGAGAAAGCUUUGGAAGGAGUGCUCGUCUUCUGUGCCGGAUGACCCACCAGAAGGAAAAUCCUUAUAAGUGCAGUGUCUGUGGGAAGUGCUUUGGUAGAAGCAGGAGUCUAAUCAGACACCAAAGAAUCCACACAGGAGAAAAACCUUUUAAAUGUCUUGACUGUGGGAAAAGCUUUAAUGACUCCUCAAACUUUGGUGCCCACCAGAGAAUCCACACAGGAGAGAAGCCCUACCGAUGUGGAGAGUGUGGGAAGUGCUUCAGUCAGAGCUCAAGUCUCAUCAUACAUCAGAGAACCCACACUGGAGAGAAACCCUACCAGUGUGGAGAGUGUGGGAAAAGCUUCACCAACAGUUCUCAUUUCAGCGCCCACCGCAGAGUCCACAUUGGUGAGAAUCCCUACAAAUGUGUGGAUUGUGAGAAAAGUUUCAAUAACUGUACAAGAUUUCGAGAACAUCGGCGAGUACACACUGGAGAGAAGCCCUAUGGGUGCGUCCAGUGUGGCAAACGUUUCAGUAAGAGUUCUGUUCUCACCAAACAUCGGGAGGUUCACGUGAGAGAAAAGCUUCUGCCACACCCGCCAGCGCUCUAUUCCCCGGAAAACCCCCACAAGGGAAAGACCAGUGAAUUCAGGCAAACUUUUUGAUGAUGAUCUCUUCUCUUCCUAAAUGUUCCCUUAGUCAUUUUACCGUAAUCUCACUCUUAGAAGCAAUCGUUUCUUAGCUAUAAAGUGUUAAAUCCCAAGAUAAGCUUGAGAACAUAAAUAAACUAAAGACUUGGAUCCUGUUCUCACCUCUGCCUCUAACUUGAUCAGUCUGUCCUCUCCUUCUGUGUGUCUCAACUUUUCCUUUAAUAAAGUGAAGAAGAUGUGGUUUCUGAGUACAGUAUGGAAUUCUCUUCAGCAUGUCGAGGCCACUGCCAUGGGAUCGCUAAAGCAGGCAACAUCCAAGAUCCUUCCGUGUAGGGGAGAGUGGUUAUCAGGGAGAUAAAAGAUGCUCAAAGUUUUUUUCAUUAUCUGCCGCAUGCGAUCCUGGAUGCCAUGUGAUUACAGAGUUUCCUGUUUCCUCUUCAAGAGCCUGAUAAGAACCACAUCAGAUCCAUCUUGGUUUUGAAGAUAUUCACAAAAGGAGAUUGAAGAUUUUAUAGUUGACGUCAGACGUCUGUUGCAGAGUACCUUUUUUGUGUCAAGAAGCUGAUCUAAAUAGCUGGGGUAGAAGCCCGUGUUGUCACUGAAAUAACGCCUUGCCCUCCAUAGAGAUGAGAAGCAACUGGUCACCCACCGUCCUUUGCAGACUGACCUUUUCUGUACCUGAAGACUGAAACCCGCGUGGCUGCUGCUUCUCCAGCCUAUGAGUAAUCCCGUUCCUUUUACUGUUUCUCCGAAGUCCUACACUUACCUCUUAAUUGUUCUGGGUGCGCUUGUCUGACUCCUCUGAACUGCCAUGCCCUCCUCAGACUGAAUAGCACGCAUGUUUGUGGUGUGUCUCAUUAAAGUAGAACUUCAGACACAUUCUAGUUCUGAAUGUGUAACUUCUCUGGUUUUUAUCUAGAAUAUGACCGAUAUGUUGGCAUAUAUUAUGCCUCCCAACCCCACACUUCAGUAUAAUAUUAUAUAAUUUUAGGUAGUUUUCUAAAACUCUUAGGAGGUAGGGAAGAAGUGAGGUGGAGACCUGAAAUAUUCAGUAUUUUUAAGAUCAGUUGGACUCCUUACACCUGCUUUAGAUCAGACAGCCGCCUUGGUCCAGACCAGCCCUCUAGGGCUGUUUGUUAAGUUUACCAUGCUCUCGUCUGAGGCUUCUAGUCCCUGUUCCUGUGGUCAUAAACCUCUCUGUAGAACCCUGAGUAAUUUAGACAACUCUGUACCUCACUGAGUGAAGGUGGAAAUAGUUACUGAAACUUCCAAUCCAGGACACUUUGUUUUCCACAUUAACGUGUUGGUCUGAAAGAUCUCUUUGACGACCCCCACCAUUAGCCUAAUAGACAUUGAAGGAAGGUUCAGAUGGGGAGAUAGUUUACUCGUGGGCGUUGCAGAUGAAAACCAGGGAUUUGGUCAUCCAAAGGAUGUUACUUCAGGAUGAGGCCAGUGACAUUGAUACCCUUAAGAUGAAGGUAGCCUCGGGGGGUACUUUGCUUUGGGGAGGGAGAAGUCAUAAGUUUAGAGGAAAGAUCACCAGAGUCAGGGCUGUGUGUAGAUCAUUUUUUGAUCUUAUCUCUCCUUUCCUUUGUCAGAUGCUCUCUUACGUGAAGACAUCUGAAUGUGUUUGAAUCUUUCGAAACUUGUUCAACAAAGUACCAAGGAGGGUAGGCAGUGUAGAAAGAAGUCCAACUUAUGGUGCCAGGGUAGGGUGUGGCCUUUUGGAAGGCAUGCGACUCAGGUAAACACUGAUAAAUGUUUCUUACCUUUGUUAGGGAUGUGACGAUUGUUCACAUCUCAGUAGCUUGAUUUCCUCUGUGUUGUCCGAAUUAUAGACUUCUAAUGGUAAGUGCAGUUUCAUGUCGGUAGUGUGCCCAGCGCAGUGAGGUGUGUGUGGUGCCAGUGGGCGUGUACUCGUAUUGUGUAGAUGUUCUCGAAUUCCAGCUCUAAAGAAGACACACAUUAAUAGAAAUCACCACGUAGUAAUAGAUACCCAGGAUUGGUCAUUAUAUCGAAGCAUGAUUCAGGAAAGUAGAUGAUGUACUCAUAAAUAUUUAUGAAGCACUGUUCUUUGUAAGGCUGUGUUCCAGGCACAGCGCGGGAUAUGAAAAUGAAAAAGUGGCAUGGUGUCUGUGCUCAAAGAACUUGCAAUAUGAUGGAAGAAGUAUUGCAGCAAAAGGUCAUGUCAAUUGCGUCUGUGUCAGUUGCAGGACGUAAUUAGUUUAUUAAUGAAAAAAUCACGUUCACUUGCAAGAAGAGUUUUUCUGAUUGUCUGAAACCAUAGUCUCUACCUCUGUCUCGAGAAUUUCCCCAGUGGCAGGAAAGGCUCAAGAACCAUUCCUGCCCCCGUGGAGCAGCCCAGUCUGUCUGUCACAUGUCUGGGAUCAGGCUAAGGUGGAAUCCGGGUUCCCUUACCUAUUCCCAGUUGUAAGUGGACUGUUUGAACUUGUGUGAAAUUAACUUAAUGAACUUCGCUUCUGGAGAAAUAGAAAGUCCUACCCACCAUCUCUGGCCAAGGCUGUUUGUAUUUUACCUUUUUUUUCAGGUAGAGGAUGAAGUCAAAAUGCACAGUCACGCUCUGAUUACUGUGUCUCACAUCACAUAACAUUGCCUUUAUGAAGAUCCAUAGGAGAAGGUUUUUUCCUAGGUCUCAGAACCAGAGAAAGCUCUGAUCCUAAAGCAAAAAAAAACCAAAGUUAACCUUACAAACAGUGAUUUUUUUUUUUUUUACAACUUACUGCUUUUCUUUCUUUGUUCUGGCUGCUGGAACAAAGAAACUUACAAAAAUAGAACUUACAACUCACUCCAACCAACUACUUAAACCUACAUUUAAUUAAUCCCGUCUUUUAUUUUUAAAAAUUACCCCAAAUCCUGUUCUUUAAAAGUGGUGUAAACAGGUAGGCAUUUUAUUCUCUGAUCUCUUACCCGAGGCACUUUGGAACCUGGUUGUAUCUCUACCUAGGCUUAUUUUGUUACUCCCACAAAUACCCUAUUUCUUACUGGCAUUUUUAUUACACAUACAACCUACUUUAUUCAUCUGGAAGGAAACCUUAGUUUUUUUAAAGAGGAAAACUUCACAGUAUGCUUAAACAGCUCAGGCAGCUUGCAUGUAGAAUGAGCGUUAGACCAGAAGCCAAAAGAUAAGUUUUAUUCUUGUUGCUACCACUUUCUGGGUGGUGUUGGACAAAUCCGCUUGUCUCUGCACCUGAGCUCCUUAUCCGAAGAGAAGUUGAGCGUGAUUGCCAACACCUCUCAGGCUCUGAUGUUUCGUGAGGCUGUGGGGCAGCAUGUAGAGAGGAAGAGGUGAUAAGACCAGGCCACUGCCCCAGCUUGCCACUGUAGGCAGCAUUCAGGCCUAAAUGAAUCCAUCCCAUACUUUAGCAAGAGGAUGCUAUGAGCAGUCUGGGAGCUUGCUCAGUGAGGAGAAAGGACAGAUCACUCAGGUUCAACAGCAGGCAGCCCCGGAGUCACCUCGAUGGGCAGUGGCAGGUAGCUGCAGUGAAGAAAGCCUCUUUUGUGAGCUCUGGUGCCCAAUGACAGACACGACUGAACUCUGAGGGAGCCGGGGAAGCCCCAAACGCAAGGAGCGUCUGAGUGACUUGUGUAGUGAUAAGCCGUUACCUCUGAAUGCAUUCCAAGUAUAAAUGUAUGUCUGUUGUUUUGUAUUCAUGUUCACUUGGAUGUCUUCUUGAAAA